GCGCUGUUCUCUGCUCCAUUCUCUCCACCCCUGUCCCCUGACAUAUGGGACAACACCUACCCCUUCACAGGCUCCAAUUGGCCGGUUAUGGAGGAUGUGUCCUAUAAGAAGCCAGGCACACGUUUGGUCUUGCUAGAAACAUCACACCCAGCAAGUGAGUUUCCUGUUCCAGAGAUGUCUGUGGUGAGGACGUUGACCAGAGGGGUGACUCGGGUGCUGCAGAGCCCUGUGUGCGGGUGUCAGGCGGUCACGUCUGUCCGUUUUAUUGGCUUCUCGCCUCGCCAGGUGACGUCGGAUGCCAACUUCCACUCUGUGUCCUUCUCCGAGGCGGACCACCCUCGUGUGCUCAUCACUGGAGGACUGGGUCAGUUGGGAGUUGGACUCGCCAAACUGCUGAGGAAACAAUUUGGGAAGAAUAACGUUAUUCUAUCUGACAUCCGGAAGCCUCCAGACCACGUCUUCUAUAGCGGUCCUUUCAUUUAUUCCGAUAUCUUGGACUACAAGAAUCUCCGUGAAAUAGUGGUGAACAAUCGGAUCACCUGGCUGAUACACUACAGUGCUCUGUUGAGUGCGGUUGGCGAGGCGAACGUCCCCUUGGCCAGAGCGGUCAAUAUUACCGGUCUACACAAUAUACUGGACAUCGCUGCAGAACAUGGCCUACGUCUGUUUAUACCCAGCACAAUAGGGGCUUUCGGACCGACCUCUCCGAGAAACCCAACCCCUGAUCUGUGUAUACAGAGGCCGAGGACGAUCUACGGGGUUUCUAAAGUCCAUGCAGAGUUAAUGGGAGAGUAUUAUCACUACCGCUACGGCUUGGACUUCCGAUGCCUGCGGUAUCCCGGCAUUAUCUCGGCAGACUCCCAGCCUGGAGGAGGGACGACAGAUUACGCAGUUCAGAUAUUCCAUGAUGCCAUCAAGACUGGUAGAUUUGUCUGUAACUUGAAGCCGGGCACACGUCUCCCGAUGAUGUACAUUGAUGACUGUCUGCGAGCGACGGUAGAGAUGCUGGAGGCUCCGGCUGAAUCUCUCACCAUGAGGACCUACAACAUCAACGCCAUGAGCUUCAGCCCGGAGGAGCUGGCCCAGGAGGUGCAUAAACACCUGCCUGAGCUGGAGGUGGUUUAUGACGUGGAUGCCGUCCGACAGGCUAUUGCUGACAGUUGGCCGAUGAACUUUGAUGAUGGGAAUGCCCGUGAUGACUGGGGCUGGAAACAUGAAUAUGACCUGCCGGAGCUGGUAUCGACUAUGCUUAACCAUCUGAACCCCGUGUGUCGGGCUGUCCAGGCCAGCUGAUUCCAACUGUAGGGACAAUAAUCUGAUCUCCUUGUGCGUACAGGAGGUUAGACGCAAGUGUACAAGAACAUUGUCUAUCAUGCUGUGCUGUUACAACUCUGAAGAACAAAAAUAUUUAAUUUAUAGAAGUCAUUCAGUUCAUUGAAUGCAAGGAAACAGAUGUUGCUCAAUCUACACUUAGCCAUUACUUGAAGCGUUUCUUGGGGCUGGUGCACCGGGACAAAACCUGCCACUCUGCAACUGUUCUAUUGCAAUUUCCGUAAUCCUUCUGGUAGACUAGUAGUCCAACACCUAUAGGUUGAGUUACAGAAACAAGGUGCUAAAUUACUUUAUAUUUUUCCAUGUCCAUCUUUUUCUUCUCUUCUUGCUUGUUUCUUCAUGUGAUGCUAGCCUAGAAUAGGAAGAUUUCUGUUUCGGAUAAUACAUUUUUGUUUGGUGUUGCAUGAGGCAUUUGUAGAUCUUUGCCAAUAUGAAGGGUGGAACCAGACAGCCCGGAUUGUCAAAAACGCAGCUUCUGCUGUAAACCAUGGCGAGGGGAGGUUGUGCAGCGUGCAAAAUUUCAUCCAGGCUAAUUAAAUGUGUCCAAAUAACAAACUAGGGCACAGGUUCUCAAACUCGGUCCUCAGGACCCCACACGGUGCAUGUUUUGCAGGUCUCCUCACAGAAUCACAAGUGAAAUAAUUAGCUCCACCUGUGGACCUUUCAAAAUGUGUCAGUGAGUAAUUAAUACACCUGUGCACCUGCUGGGUUACCUGCAAAACAUGCACUGUGUGGGGUCCUGAGGACCGAGUUUGAGAACUACUGAACUAGGGGGC